CUUACUCAGUAUUCACUCACAAUUAAUGAGCCUAAAUGAAGUUGUUUACCAGGUCGGCAUGAUUUACACAUUACUACAUCAAGUGAAUACCAAAUGAAUCUAAUCACAUUUUUUUGUUUUCCCACUGCAGUGAGUGAUUGCUUCAGGAAAACCAGCAUUGUCAGGGCACACAUAAAUCCACAUUGUAGUCCAGUAAUUAAGACGGCGAGUCCCAUGGCUCACAUCGCCACUACCGACACUGAUGACACUUCAUGAAGGAGAGAGAGACACAGAGAGAGAGAGGGGGAGAGAGACUGAGACACACACACACACACACACACACACACUGCAGCAUCGUGGAGUCACCCUGCGACAGAGACAGUUACUCCACGGCCCCUAAAUGUAUUGGACUGUGCAAAGGGCCAUUUGUGUCAAUGUAUGUGAGAAACAAAUGACUUGAGAAACAUGGGAAACAAGCAGACUAUUUUUACAGACGAGCAACUUGAUGCCUACCAGGAUUGUACUUUUUUCACCCGUAAAGAAAUCUUGAGGUUGCAUGGUAGAUACCAUGAAUUGGCCCCUCAUCUUGUACCAAUGGACUAUACGAAAGAUCCUGAUUGUAAAUUACCUUUAGCCUUGAUAGUCAACAUGCCGGAGUUAAAGGAAAAUCCAUUCCGUAACAGGAUUGUUGAGUCUUUCUCAGAGGAUGGGAUGGGGAAUCUCAGCUUCAAUGAAUUUGUGGAUAUGUUCUCAGUCCUCAGUGAAAUGGCUCCGCGGGAACUGAAGGCCAUUUACGCCUUCAAAAUAUACGAUUUCAAUGUGGAUAAUUACCUUUGUAAAGAGGACCUGGAAAAAACUCUGAAUAAGCUGACAAAGGAGGAGUUGACUCCAGAGGAGGUGCAGCUCGUGUGCGAGAAGGCCAUCGAAGAGGCUGAUUUGGAUGGAGACAAUAAACUCUCCUUUGCUGAUUUUGAAAAUAUGAUAUCAAGGGCUCCCGAUUUCUUAAGUACUUUCCACAUACGAAUCUGAGAGGGCUCCCAACGGCGAAGCUGAGCACAGUGCCUGUCCGCUACUCCCAAAUCAUCCCGUCUGUCCUCUCCAGCUUCCGCUGCCCCUCGCCUAUGUGACGCGUGCCCGGAUAAGAGUGCAAAACACCGGAUGGAGCGGAAUUCUCAGGACGCUGGAUGUCUUAAACAGAUGGACCCAUUUGAUCACACUUGUUAAAUCGCCACCAAUGAAAAGGGCUCGGCCUGGGUUGCUCUGUUGAAUGGACUCCUUGCAGAGGAAAUGAAACGAGACUGAGACUGACUCUGGAUUUUGGGCUUUAUGGCACAUCCGAUAAUGCAUAAAAAGUGAAAUCUACCUAUUGUAUAUUGCACACGCCAUUCACCCACUCCCAGUCUUCCUAGAUAUUCCGUAUCUAUUGAAUGACUGUCUAGCAUAUCACCGAGGGCAUCAAUGAGCUAUAUGCACAAUUUGUGAAUGCAUGGUGAACUCCCAGGUGUUUUUGCGGCGUAUUGGCUUAUUUGAUGUUAUGGUUAUGCUCGUGGAACUGUAGCAUGAUGACAAUCAUAUUUUAAUUUUUCUCCAGCUGAUUGAAGGGCUAGUGUCCAUAUUCUGCCUUGGCCAUUACCAUGAGGUGUUCCUUUUACAGCCCUUUUUUUGAAUAGGCAUUUUUCCAAGUUUUACAUGGAUUGCAUUAUUUGAAAUAAAUGUCUUCUCUGUGGA